UUUAAAAUCUGUUUAUGUUUGUUUUUUCUAUAUCAAAGUUUAAUCAUUUUUAGUCUUAUUUCUUUUGAUUAGUGUUGUUUUCUAUAUGUUGCUUUGUGUCAUAUGCAGCAGGAGGACAUGGAUAAAGAAAAUACAGGUGGGCCUCUACAUUUUGAUCUGAAUACUGGUGCAAAGAUUCCAUCAGUUGGUCUUGGAACAUGGAAAGCCCCUCCAGGUGUAGUGGGUGAUGCUGUUAUUGCUGCAGUCAAGGCUGGUUACAGGCAUAUAGAUUGUGCUCGGGUAUAUGAUAAUGAAAAAGAGGUAGGGGAGGCACUGAAAACACUGUUUUCAAAUGGGGUAGUGCAGCGUAGUGAAAUGUUCAUCACAUCAAAGUUAUGGACCAGUGACUCUGCUCCUGAAGAUGUCUCAAAGGCACUAACUAGGACUCUAGAGGACCUGCAGCUGGAGUACAUUGAUUUGUAUCUUAUGCAUUGGCCUUUUAGGACAAAGCCGGGUUCGCGAGGUUGGGACCCUGAGGUCAUGGCUCCCUUAUGUCUUCCAGAGACAUGGAAUGCAAUGGAAGGUUUGUUUGCCUCAGGUCAGGCACGUGCAAUAGGAGUGAGCAACUUUUCAACAAAGAAGCUGCAAGACUUGCUUAGAUAUGCUAAGAUUCCACCAGCAGUUAACCAAGUUGAAUGCCACCCUGUGUGGCAGCAACCUGCUCUUCACAAUUUGUGCAAGUCCACUGGUGUUCAUUUGUCAGCAUAUUCUCCUUUGGGCUCUCCUGGGUCAUGGAUAAAAGGUGAAAUCUUGAAGGAACCUGUGUUGAUUGAAAUUGCUGAAAAACUUGACAAGUCUCCAGCACAAGUGGCUCUGCGCUGGGGACUCCAAAGUGGUCAUAGUGUCCUUCCAAAAAGUGUAAAUGAAUCUAGGAUCAAGGAGAAUCUUAGUUUGUUCAAUUGGUGCAUCCCUCAGGAACUCUUCUUGAAACUAUCAGAGAUUCACCAGCAAAGGUUACUUCGAGGUGAUCCUGCAGUCCACGAAACUUGUAGUCCUUACAAAAGUCUUGAAGAAUUAUGGGAUGGAGAAAUAUGAAACGCUAAUUAUUUCCAAGCUUUGGAUAUAACUUGUCAUUGAAUUCCUAUUGCCUAUUGCAAAUUCAAGGAAUGUCUUUCUUCUAAAAUUUAUCCUGUCCAAAGACA